GCGGCGGCGGCGGCACGGCUGGGCAUGCGCAGUGCCGGCCGUGCGGGGAGGUGGACGGUCCGCGGGUACCGGGGAUGGCGGGUAUUGAGGAAGAGGAUUCACAGAUGGAACACUCAAACCGAGCAGUGUGUUGAGCUUUGACAGGCAUCUGGCCUUUGAAGGUGGGAAGGAAAGAGAAAAUGUGUGUCAUUUUGCCGGCUGGCUUUCAAACUUCAGUGAGACCGCAACGGCGGGCACACAUCCAAUUGAGAGUCUUCCAGUGCCAUCACCCAGUUACGCAGCCUUCGGUAACAUUGCACCAUCCACGGUGGUAGGCGUGACCUGGGCGUGCGUGUGGACGUGGAUGAACGUUUAACUGGUUAUCCGAACCCAGAGGAAGAGACCAGGCCAUGGAGAAACCGUGGAAAUGCGGGGACUGCGGGAAGGCGUUCAGCUACCCAUCGCAGUUGGAAAACCACCACCGCAGUCACACCGGGGAGCGGCCGUUCAUCUGCUCUGUGUGCGGCAAGGGCUUUGCGCAGUCCUUCUGCCUGCAGUCGCACCAGCGGGCUCACACCGAGGAGAGGCCAUUCAGCUGCACCUACUGUGGGAAGCGGUUCCGGUGCUCGUCCAACCUCACGGCUCACCGGCGGGUCCACACAGGCGAGAGGCCCUUCACCUGCUCGGUGUGCGGGAAGGGCUUCACCCAGUCCACCACGCUGCAGACGCACCAGCGGGUGCACACCGGGGAGAGGCCCUUCGCCUGCUCCGAGUGCGGGAAGGGCUUCACCAACUCGUCGCAGCUGCUGAAGCACCAGCGGGUGCACACGGGCGAGAGGCCCUUCACCUGCCCCGCCUGCGGCAAGGGCUUCGCCCAGUCCAACAACCUGCUGCGGCACCAGCGCGGGCACGCCGGCGAGCGGCCCUUCUCCUGCCCGGUCUGCGGCAGCGGCUUCACCCACGCAUGGAACCUGCGGGCACACCAGCGCAUCCACAGCGGCGAGCGGCCCUUCGCCUGCCCGGUCUGCGGCAAGGGCUUCACCCGCUCGUCCCACCUGCAGACCCACCGGCGCAUCCACACCGGGGAGAGGCCCUUCGCCUGCUCGGUCUGCGGGAAGGCCUUCACUCAGCCGCAGCACCUUCUGUCGCACCAGCGAAUCCACAAGUGACCGCAGCAGGGUGGCCCGGUCCGUUCAGUCUGCGCUGACCAUCCGGACAGCAUUCCACCCAGACCCAACCUCCCUCCCUAGCCCUGUAACCCUGCCUUUCCUACAGCCAAUCCACCCUAACCU